ACACACACACACACACACACACACAAACACACCUCUUCAAAUCUAUCUUUGACCGUCGUACUCUCUCUCUUUUCUCUCAGCUAUUAAUUUCUUCAUCAUCAAAUAUCCAGACUGCCUUUUCGCCGCUGCUACUGUUCGCACAGUCUCUCUCUUUCUCUCUGUCUCUGUCUCUGUCUCUGUCUCUCUCUAUUUCUCUUGCUCACAACUCACAAACUCUCUCUCAUUUGCUCUCUCUCUCUCUCACUCACUUUUUUUUUUUUUUAAUCUUAUUCUUCACAUUCACUCACUCAUUCUAAAUAUAAAGGUUUCUAUCGUCUUCUUCUAUCUUCGAAUUCGUUUUUCGAAGAGUUCUUGACAAAACUCUCUCUGAUCCGACGGCCGCGAUCGCCUCUCCUCUCCAAUCGUACGCCUAGGGCUCCCUCUUCUUCUCUCUCUCAACGCAAUAAACAAGUUACAUCCCUUGAAAAUAAGGUUAUGGAGCCUAAUGGGCAGAGGAGAGUGAGAAAAAAGGACCAUAUUGCAGAAGAAAAUGGUCAUGUCAGUCUAAUGAGUGUUGGUGAAGAACUUGAUCCAUGGACUGCAUGGGCAUACAGGCCUCGUACCGUUUCCUUGCUACUUAUUGGUGCCUGUUUUCUUAUCUGGGUAAGUGGAGCCCUUGAUCCUGAUAGUGGUGCCUCUGGUGAUGUUGUUACAUCUGUUAAAAGGGGUGUAUGGGCUAUGAUUGCAGUUUUUCUUGCCUAUUGCUUGCUGCAAGCCCCAUCUACGAUUCUUAUUCGGCCACAUCCUGCAAUUUGGCGCCUAGUACAUGGAAUGGCUGUUGUGUACCUUGUUGCCCUCACUUUUUUGCUUUUUCAGAAGCGUGAUGAUGCUCGGCAAUUUAUGAAGUUUCUCCAUCCUGAUCUUGGCAUUGAACUUCCAGAAAGAUCAUAUGGUGCUGAUUGCCGCAUAUAUGUACCUGAGAAUCCCACAAACAGGUUUAAGAAUGUUUAUGAAACACUUUUUGAUGAAUUUGUGCUAGCACAUAUUAUUGGAUGGUGGGGUAAGGCUAUAUUGAUCCGCAACCAGCCCCUUCUAUGGGUGCUAUCAAUAGGAUUUGAGAUGAUGGAGUUUACAUUUCGCCACAUGUUACCAAAUUUCAAUGAGUGCUGGUGGGACAGUAUGAUUCUUGACAUUUUGAUCUGCAAUUGGUUUGGUAUCUGGGCAGGGAUGAAUACUGUCAGGCACUUUGAUGGAAAAACAUACAAGUGGGUUGGUCUAAGUCGUCAGCCUAAUAUUAUUGGAAAAGUGAAACGAACAUUGGGACAGUUUACACCAGCUCAGUGGGACAAAGAUGAGUGGCACCCCCUGCUUGGUCCAUGGCGUUUCAUUCAAGUUCUCACCCUUUGCAUCAUAUUUUUGACAGUAGAGUUGAACACUUUCUUUUUGAAGUUUUGUCUUUGGGUUCCUCCACGGAACCCUGUGAUUGUGUAUAGGCUGAUCUUGUGGUGGCUAAUUGCAAUACCAACAAUUCGUGAGUACAACUCAUACCUUCAAGACCGAAAUAAGGUGAAAAAGGUUGGAGCAUUUUGUUGGCUUUCACUUGCUAUCUGCAUUGUUGAGCUUCUCAUCUGCAUCAAGUUUGGUCAUGGAUUAUAUCCUAAACCAAUGCCUUUUUGGCUGGUAAUGUUCUGGUCAUCUGUUGGAGGGGGCCUUUUAAUAUUCCUCAUCUUUUGGUCGUGGCAACUGCAUCGAAGUUUAGGUAGAAAGAGGCAGUAAUUUUGCUGUUGCGCUACAUGAUUCUUUGAUUCCUUUUCCUGAGGGUAUCCAGCCAGUGCUGCUGUAAAUGCUCUACACCUUUAUAAAUUGUAAAUGCUUAUUCCAAUAGGGUAGUGGAUCACAGUCUCUGGAGCACAGAUUAUUUAUUCUUACAUGAUAGGUAGUAGGAAAUGGUUCCAACGUAGGGCUAAUGAGUUUACUGUUUUGCUGUAAUUUAACUGGCAUACUUUAUUUUAUUUUUACCUUCACUUGUUGAGCCAUAUUGGACAUUCCAAUUUUUCGUGUUGUAGUCUCCAGUUUUUGAUGUAAUUUGACUUAAAUCUAGUUUAUGGAGAGCUUUUCGACAAAUGCAAUUGACUAAUGUAGCUCAAAAUUGAGCACAUAAUUUUAGU